AUGAACGGUGCAGUCUCCGCCUCUGAUCCUAUCCAAGAGGCGAUGGCGUCGUCAUCACACCUCAUUCUUGAUUCGGACCCCAUAUCACUACCUCUCGACUCUGACGAGGCGAUGCUGUCUCGCUCAAAUUCUCUAUUGAAUGCCGACGACUCCACCCCGCCUCGCAACAGCCUUCGCAGGAGUCAGGCCCCGCGAAGAGAUAAAGGCAAAGGGCGAGAAAAGGAUGUGGGCGUCAAAGUGAAGGAGGAACCGUUUGCUGUCACACUCGCCAUGAGCGAAGUUGUUCCCUCCAAUAGACUGGUGAGUCAAAAAAACAGCUUUUUCUGA